CCUUCCGGUUUCGCGUAUCCUUCCGCGCUUCUCAUUGAUUCCUUUGCGUGGGCGGCGUUCUGAUCCUUCCGCCGCUUCGCUAAUUGGCGGCAGGUGAGGAGGAGGAUAAGGCGGAGGGAGCCGCCGCCGCCGCCGUGACUGUUCCUGCGCCGCCCGGCCGUUGCUCUCCCUUCCCUUGAGGAGGAAAGUGGUGUGUCCUUCCGCCGAGCGAGCGGCGGCUGUUUCCGGAUCGCUCGCGGCGGCCUCCCACCGUCUUCUCCCUCUCUGCUUUCCCCGCCAUUGAGAGCCGCCCUUGCCCCCUUCCCGGGUCCUUGGCUCGCCUCGCCGUCGGCUUCUUUUUUCUCGCCCCCCCUUCCUCCUCCUCCUCCUCCUCCCGUGUUUCUUUUUUCCUGUGGAGAGACUAGGUCCCCCGCCCAAACGCCGGGCUGGAGCCCCAAAACCCCAACAACGCCUCGGGCGCCAUGGCUCAAAUCCUGCCCAUCCGCUUCCAGGAGCACCUGCAGCUCCAGAACCUGGGCAUUAACCCGGCCAACAUUGGCUUCAGCACUCUGACCAUGGAGUCUGACAAGUUCAUCUGCAUACGAGAGAAAGUUGGAGAGCAGGCCCAGGUGGUCAUCAUUGACAUGAAUGACCCCAGCAAUCCCAUUCGCCGGCCAAUUUCAGCUGACAGUGCAAUCAUGAACCCCGCCAGCAAGGUCAUUGCCCUGAAAGCUGGGAAGACCCUCCAGAUCUUUAAUAUUGAAAUGAAAAGCAAAAUGAAAGCUCACACCAUGACGGACGACGUCACCUUUUGGAAGUGGAUUUCUCUGAACACGGUUGCGCUGGUCACCGACAGCGCUGUGUACCACUGGAGCAUGGAAGGGGAGUCUCAGCCGGUCAAGAUGUUCGAUCGCCAUUCUAGCCUCGCCGGCUGCCAGAUCAUCAACUACCGUACGGAUGCGAAGCAGAAAUGGUUGCUUUUGACUGGUAUAUCUGCACAGCAAAACCGUGUAGUAGGAGCCAUGCAGCUUUAUUCCGUAGAUAGGAAAGUGUCACAGCCCAUUGAGGGUCACGCGGCUAGCUUUGCGCAGUUCAAGAUGGAAGGCAAUGCGGAAGAAUCCACCCUUUUCUGUUUUGCAGUGAGAGGACAAGCAGGAGGCAAGUUGCAUAUCAUUGAAGUUGGCACCCCUCCCACAGGAAACCAGCCUUUCCCCAAGAAAGCUGUGGAUGUCUUCUUCCCACCUGAAGCACAGAAUGACUUCCCAGUAGCAAUGCAGAUAAGCGAAAAGCACGACGUGGUUUUCUUGAUCACAAAAUACGGCUACAUCCAUCUGUAUGACCUCGAAACGGGCACCUGCAUCUACAUGAACAGAAUCAGUGGGGAGACCAUCUUUGUCACCGCCCCCCAUGAAGCUACCGCUGGAAUCAUUGGCGUCAACAGAAAAGGACAAGUUCUGUCUGUGUGCGUGGAAGAAGAGAACAUCAUCCCAUACAUCACCAAUGUGCUGCAGAACCCUGACCUGGCUCUCCGAAUGGCCGUUCGUAACAACCUUGCUGGUGCCGAAGAGCUCUUUGCCCGGAAAUUCAAUGCGCUUUUUGCCCAGGGGAGCUACUCAGAAGCAGCGAAGGUGGCGGCAAACGCCCCAAAGGGGAUCUUGCGUACCCCAGACACCAUCCGCCGCUUCCAGAGUGUCCCAGCACAGGCAGGUCAGACCUCUCCCCUGCUCCAGUAUUUUGGUAUCCUGCUAGACCAAGGCCAGCUGAACAAGUAUGAGUCGCUCGAACUCUGCCGGCCGGUGCUCCAGCAAGGACGCAAGCAGCUCCUGGAGAAAUGGCUGAAGGAAGACAAGCUGGAAUGCUCCGAAGAACUGGGGGACCUGGUGAAAUCUGUGGACCCGACAUUGGCUCUGAGUGUCUACCUAAGGGCUAACGUUCCCAGCAAAGUGAUCCAGUGUUUUGCCGAAACAGGACAAGUUCAGAAGAUUGUGCUGUAUGCAAAGAAGGUUGGCUACACUCCUGACUGGAUCUUUCUUCUGAGGAAUGUGAUGCGCAUUAGCCCAGACCAAGGACAGCAGUUUGCCCAAAUGCUGGUUCAGGAUGAGGAACCUCUUGCAGAUAUCACCCAAAUAGUGGAUGUCUUCAUGGAGUACAACCUGAUUCAGCAGUGCACAGCCUUUUUAUUGGAUGCCCUGAAAAACAACCGCCCAUCCGAGGGACCUUUGCAAACCCGCUUGCUUGAAAUGAACCUCAUGCAUGCCCCUCAGGUUGCUGAUGCCAUCCUAGGAAACCAGAUGUUCACCCACUACGACCGAGCCCACAUUGCCCAGCUGUGCGAGAAAGCUGGCCUCCUCCAGAGGGCCCUGGAACACUUCACCGACUUGUAUGACAUCAAGCGGGCCGUCGUCCACACUCACCUUCUCAACCCCGAGUGGUUGGUGAACUACUUUGGCUCCCUCUCGGUGGAAGACUCCCUCGAAUGCCUCCGGGCGAUGCUCUCGGCCAACAUCCGCCAGAACUUGCAGAUAUGCGUCCAGGUUGCUUCAAAGUACCACGAGCAGCUUUCGACCCAGUCCCUCAUUGAACUCUUCGAAUCUUUCAAGAGUUUUGAAGGUCUCUUCUAUUUCCUGGGCUCCAUCGUCAACUUCAGCCAGGACCCAGACGUGCACUUCAAAUACAUCCAGGCUGCUUGCAAGACAGGCCAGAUUAAAGAGGUGGAAAGAAUUUGCAGAGAAAGCAACUGCUAUGACCCAGAGCGGGUGAAGAACUUCCUCAAGGAAGCAAAACUGACAGACCAGCUCCCACUGAUCAUCGUUUGCGACCGCUUUGACUUUGUGCACGAUCUAGUGCUGUACUUGUACAGGAACAACCUCCAAAAAUACAUUGAGAUCUAUGUGCAGAAGGUGAACCCGAGUCGCCUCCCUGUGGUCAUCGGGGGCUUGCUUGACGUGGACUGCUCCGAAGACGUCAUAAAGAGCCUGAUCCUGGUUGUGAGAGGGCAGUUCUCCACGGAUGAGCUUGUUGCUGAAGUAGAAAAAAGAAAUAGGUUGAAACUCCUGCUGCCCUGGCUGGAAGCCCGAAUUCAUGAGGGCUGCGAGGAACCAGCCACCCACAACGCACUGGCUAAAAUCUACAUUGACAGUAACAACAACCCCGAGAGGUUCCUUCGCGAGAACCCCUACUAUGACAGCCGGGUGGUGGGGAAGUAUUGCGAGAAGAGAGACCCGCAUCUGGCCUGCGUCGCUUACGAGCGUGGGCAGUGCGACCAGGAGCUAAUUAAUGUUUGCAACGAGAACUCCCUCUUCAAGAGCCUUUCGCGUUACUUGGUGCGCCGCAAGGACCCUGAGCUGUGGGCCAGUGUACUGCUGGAGAGCAACCCUUACCGGAGACCCCUGAUUGACCAGGUCGUGCAGACAGCUCUCUCUGAAACUCAGGACCCUGAAGAAGUAUCUGUCACAGUCAAGGCUUUCAUGACCGCCGACCUCCCCAAUGAACUCAUUGAGUUGCUGGAGAAAAUUGUUCUUGACAAUUCCGUGUUCAGCGAACACAGGAAUCUGCAGAACCUCCUCAUUCUGACGGCUAUCAAGGCCGACCGGACCCGAGUCAUGGAAUACAUCAACCGCCUGGACAACUAUGAUGCUCCCGAUAUUGCCAACAUCGCGAUCAGCAACGAACUCUUUGAAGAGGCCUUCUCCAUCUUCAGGAAGUUUGAUGUCAACACCUCUGCAGUGCAGGUUCUGAUCGAACACAUUGGCAACUUGGACCGUGCCUACGAGUUUGCAGAGCGCUGCAAUGAGCCAGCCGUGUGGAGCCAGCUUGCCAAAGCUCAGCUUCAGAAAGGGAUGGUUAAGGAAGCGAUAGACUCCUACAUCAAAGCGGACGAUCCUUCUUCAUAUAUGGAAGUGGUUCAGGCUGCGAAUGCCAGCGGAAACUGGGAGGAGCUGGUGAAAUACUUGCAGAUGGCCCGCAGGAAGGCCCGGGAAUCCUAUGUGGAGACGGAACUCAUUUUCGCACUUGCUAAAACAAACCGUUUGGCCGAGCUGGAAGAAUUCAUCAACGGGCCAAACAAUGCCCACAUUCAACAAGUUGGCGACCGUUGCUAUGAUGAGAAGAUGUAUGACGCAGCCAAGCUUCUCUAUAACAAUGUCUCCAACUUUGGGCGCUUGGCUUCCACGUUGGUCCACCUCGGCGAAUAUCAGGCAGCCGUGGACGGAGCCCGGAAAGCAAACAGCACUCGGACUUGGAAGGAGGUCUGCUUUGCGUGCGUGGAUGGGAAAGAGUUCCGCCUGGCCCAGAUGUGCGGCCUUCACAUUGUUGUGCAUGCGGAUGAACUGGAGGAGCUCAUCAACUAUUACCAGGACCGUGGCUACUUUGAGGAGCUGAUCACCAUGUUGGAAUCGGCUCUGGGGCUGGAGCGGGCCCAUAUGGGAAUGUUCACAGAGCUGGCCAUCCUCUACUCUAAAUUCAAGCCACAGAAAAUGAGGGAACACCUGGAGCUCUUUUGGUCGCGAGUCAACAUUCCUAAGGUGUUGAGGGCAGCUGAACAAGCCCAUCUUUGGGCCGAGUUAGUCUUCCUGUACGACAAAUACGAAGAAUACGAUAACGCCAUCAUUACCAUGAUGAACCACCCAACAGAUGCUUGGAAGGAAGGGCAGUUCAAAGACAUCAUCACCAAGGUGGCCAACGUGGAGCUGUAUUACAAAGCAAUCCAGUUUUACUUGGAGUUCAAACCUCUGCUGCUCAACGACUUGCUGAUGGUUCUGUCUCCCCGACUGGACCACACGCGUGCGGUCAACUUCUUCAGCAAGGUUAAACAGCUUCCACUGGUGAAGCCCUACUUGCGCUCCGUUCAGAACCACAAUAACAAAUCGGUGAACGAAUCUCUGAACAACCUCUUCAUUAUAGAAGAAGACUAUCAGGCUCUCAGGACCUCGAUAGAUGCCUAUGACAACUUUGACAACAUCUCCCUUGCUCAGCGCCUGGAGAAGCACGAGCUGAUUGAGUUCAGGAGAAUCGCUGCGUAUCUCUUCAAAGGCAACAACCGCUGGAAGCAGAGUGUGGAGCUGUGCAAGAAAGACAGGCUAUACAAGGACGCCAUGCAGUACGCUUCGGAGUCCAAAGACACUGAGCUGGCGGAAGAGUUGUUGCAGUGGUUCCUGCAGGAGGGCAAGAGGGAGUGUUUCGGGGCCUGCCUCUUCACCUGCUAUGACCUCCUCCGGCCAGAUGUUGUCCUGGAGACGGCCUGGAGGCACAAUAUCAUGGAUUUUGCCAUGCCUUACUUCAUCCAGGUCAUGAAGGAGUAUUUGAGCAAGGUUGAUACAAUAAAGGAAAAGGUGGACAAACUGGACGCCUCAGAGUCUCUGAGGAAAGAGGAAGAGCAGGCAACGGAAACACAGCCCAUUGUUUAUGGCCAGCCCCAGCUGAUGUUGACGGCUGGGCCCAGCGUCGCAGUCCCCCCACAAGCACCUUUUGGCUACGGCUACACUGCCCCUCCCUAUGGGCAGCCUCAGCCCGGUUUCGGAUACACCAUGUAAGAAAAGCAAGUCUGUUUGGAGCUAGCAUCGAUUUGCUGUUGAAACUCCACCGUCCCACUUCAGCUCGACAGGGAAAAAGCUUUGUGCCCCUUAUAACCUUUACUUUAUGAAGGACUCUAUUUUUGUUUCUCUCCCCGUCCCCAGCGCAAACCUUUUCAGUCCCACUUAAGCAUAAUCCUUCUUUUUUCCACAUUCCAUGUCACUUAGAAAGGACUCUUGUUUUUUUUUUUCUUUCCAAAUGGGAAUAUUUGAGUGGGCUCCCCCCCCCUUUUGGUUUCUUUUUUUUUGCAAGACUUGCUUCUUGACAUUAAACCCCGGUCUCUUUGUGACUCUUCCAAUUUGCACUCUGUAAACGUUUAAACUCUACUAUCGAAUCUAAAGUUCAGUGUAUGUGAGCAGCUUUACAAAUAUGUACCGUCUUAUCUAAGGGGAAAAAAUGCAUUUAAAAGUCUCGUCGUAUAUUCUGAAGGGGGGGGGGGUGGCAGCAGAAAAAGCUUAAACCAAGAGAAGGAUUUGUAGUUGGGAGUUGGAACACUAAACCGGCAUCUCCUACCCCGCUUGGAUUGCUUAGCUCUUUAAAAAUAAAAGACAUGAGUACAGACAACCUUUCCUGAAUUUAAAAAACAACAGCGGCAAACCUAGUAGAGUCCCCCCCCCCCUUUUAACCUAUGCAGGUUUCCAGUUUAGUCUUAGAGAAAAUGCUAGUGUGUGUUCACUCCAUACGUAAACGGAUGAUGACCCUUCUGUCGUGCUACUGUAUACCCUGUGCUUUUCUUGUGGGGACCAUUUUUUUAUUAUUUUCCAUUGAGGAACAAGGAGGGAGCACCAUGAAUCCAAGUGUGCGUGUACUUGACCUAACCCUGCCCUGCGGUUCGUGUAUGUUGGAUAUUGUGGUGUUCAAGAUCAAUAUUUUUUUCCUGAGUGUACAGAAGAGAGAAGGGGGGAAAAGAGAGAGAGAGAAUUCAAACAGAAGAGCAGGAGGGGGG